CAUCAGGGCGUGCAGUGUGGCGCGGCGGUGAUCGAUCGAUAUAUCCAUCUCGAUCAUCUGUUUGAAGCAAGUUGAUAUAUAUAUCCAUGCCGAAGCUUGCGCUGGGCCACCGCGGCGAGGCGUCGGAGCCGGAUUUCUUCCGCGGCGUCCUCGGCGAGCUCGUCCUCACCUUCCUCUUCGUCUUCAUCGGCGUCGGGGCCGCCAUGACCGCCGGGGCCGCCAAGAGCGACGCGGGCGGCGACCUGACGGCGGUGGCCCUGGGCCAGGCACUGGUGGUGUGCGUGAUCGCGACGGCCGGCUUCCACAUCUCCGGCGGCCACGUCAACCCGGCCGUGACGCUCUCGCUCGCCGUCGGCGGGCACAUCACCCUGUUCCGGUCGGCCCUGUACAUCGCGGCCCAGAUGCUGGGCUCCUCCGCGGCCUGCGUCCUGCUCCGGUGGCUCACCGGAGGGCAGGCCACCCCGGGGCACGCGCUGGCGGCGGGCGUGGGCCCCGCCCAGGGCGCGGCCGCCGAGGCCGUCUUCACCUUCAGCCUGCUGCUGGUGAUCUGCGCCACCAUCCUGGACCCGCGGAAGCUGCUCCCCGGCGCCGGCCCGCUGCUCACGGGGCUCCUGGUCGGCGCCAACUCCAUCGCCGGCGCCGCGCUGUCCGGCGCGUCCAUGAACCCGGCGCGGUCGUUCGGGCCGGCGGUGGCCACGGGCGUGUGGACGCACCACUGGGUGUACUGGGUGGGGCCGCUGGCCGGCGGGCCCCUCGCCGUGCUGGUGUACGAGUGCUUCUUCAUGGCGCCCCCGGCCCGCACGCAGCACCAGCAGAGGAGUACUGACGGCUGGACCGAUAUCGGAGGGGAGGGGAUUUAUUACUGACGGCUGGACCGAUAUCGGAGGGGAGGGGAUUUAUUAAUUUCAAAUUUGUUGGUUUAUUAUUACAUUUCAUUUCGUCUGGGCCGUCGGAUUAUAUAUUGCUUCAUCUCUGAUUAUUUUUCCUUGUCGAUCGUUGUCAUCAUGCUGCUUUCUUUUGUUUCAGAAGCUAGCAGCGGCUUCGUGUGUCAUGAACAUUAUUGCAAAGUUCAUUUGUGUGGAUAUGUAUUAUUUAUGAGCUA